GCGCAAUCGCAGAUUCUCGCGAGAACUGACGGGCUGUCUCUUCAUUCAAACAGUGAGAAGCGGCGGUGGCGGAGCAGCAGAAGGAGGUGAAGGCGAGCAGGUGACAUUCAACCCUACGCGGCCGCUCUUUUAACCGAAAUAUUUUAUCAUGGAAGAAUCAGAAACUGUACUGAAACUUCGCCGUCAGCUAAAGGAGGCAGAAGAGGAAAGAGUAAAAGCUGCACAUUAUGGCCUGGAACUGCUGGAGAGCCAAAGUGAUCUCCAGAAUCAGCUUGAGGAGCAGCGAAAUGAAAUGACCGGCACUAUUGAAAACUUGGAACAAGAGAAGUACUCCCUUCAAAGAGAAGUUGAACUUAAAAAUCGCAUGCUAGAAAGUGUGACUUCGGAAUGCGAAAACAUAAGACAGCAACAGAAACUUAUUCUCGAACAACUCCAGGAACAGCUUGAGAGGAACCAUCAUCGGGAACUCGGCGAGAUUAAAGAUAAGCUAGAAAAACUGAAAGCAGAACUUGAUGAAGCAAGACUGAGUGAGAAACAACUGAAGCACAAAUUAGAGUAUCAAACUGAGGUACUGGCCAAUAAAUCAGAGGAGCUGCGUAUGAUGUCCGAACGUGUUCAUGAAACCAUGUCCUCUGAAAUGCUGACCCUUCAGUUGGAAAAAACUGAACUUGAAAGUGCAAAGGCCAAUUUAGAACAAGAGGUGAAUGAAUUACAGUAUCGAGAGCAACAGCUUUUACUGACAAAUGGUACCCAGAGCAGAAAGCUGGAACACCUUCAAACUGAAAAAGAAGAGCGAGAAAAGGAAUCCGUCGGCUAUUUUAGCGCUUUAGAGAAAGCCCGAGAGGCAAAUCAAGACCUGCAAGCUCAGCUUGACAUUGCUUUGCAACAAGCACAAGACCCGAACAGUAAAGGAAACUCCUUAUUUUCAGAGGUUGAAGAUCGGCGAGCUGAAAUGGAGCGUCAGCUAAUUAGCAUGAAAGUCCAAUUCCAGUCUCUCCAAAAACAACAUGCCUUCUCUAGACAGCAGAUGCACAGAAUGAAGGUUCAAAUAGCAACACUACUGCAGAUGAAAGGUUCUCAAAGUGACCCUGAGCAGCUAGAACGUUUACAGGCUAUGGUAGCACAAAAGAACAGUGAAAUUGAAACGCUUGUUAUGAAAGUGCGACAGCUAGAAAAAUCUCAGCAAGUCUCUGAAAAUGGACCAGCAGUCGGUAGCAGUGAUAAUCUGGGACAGGGUGAUGAAACCUACUACGUUGACUUACUUAAAAUGAAGCUUCUGAAUUCUAGUAAGGAGAAUGAGAAGAUAAAAGAUGAACUAUCUUUGCAACGGAUGAAAGCUCUAGCAGAGAGCCAGCGUGUCUUGGAACUGGAACGGAAGCUUUUUGCAAAUGAUCGGCAUCUUAAACUCUCACAAGGCGAAAACAUGAAACUUCGUGUCAGUUUGGAUGAGAUAAAAAUGAAAUACGAACCCGAUGAAAUGGGUAAAAUACACACUCAGAAGCGAAGGAAAGAACAGCUCCCGCUUGAUUUCCCGAUGGAUAAUACCAGUGCUGCUGUGACUUCAGGCACCGAAGCUCAAGGCCUGUAUGAUGCAACGGCAGGAGAAACAUGCACAGCCGAAUCAACCGAUGGCAGAAUUCAUUCGAAAGAAGAUUUAUCUUUAUCUACUAAAGAACAAGAUCCCUCUUCUGUUGCAGUAAAACCCAAAGAGCUGCCCAAUGGUCCGCCUCCGAAAGAACACAAACGCGUGAGGAUUAUGGAAGAUGAAAAUAACGCUCAAGAUUUAAACAAAAGAAACACACAUAACUGCUCCGUUACGUCUGCCUCCCCCAGGUCAACUUCUGAAGAUGCCACGUCUGAGUCAAAGAGGUUCGAUGAAGAGCAGGAAAAACGAAAGCAAGAGAGGAAAUCUCGACUCCGAGCUCCUCCUGUUCUCCACGUGCCGUCCAAGCCUAAUGCAACAACCCAGUGCCCCCAGCAAUAAACUAUUGAAGCAGCAGAAUUCUUUUAUUUGCAGCAACAAAGUAUACCUACUAUGUCUCUAGAUAUGUAGGUAUAUUUAUGUCUUCUGAUACAAUGCCAGGGAUUGGUAGAACUGCUUUUUAGGGUUUCUACUGAAAAGGAUGAGCACAGAAGUCCACAAUGUAAAGGAUAAGUAUGUUUGGAAAGCAUUGCUUUCUACGAAGUGUUUAAAUGUAAAUAUCCGUUUCGUGUAAAAUAUUUUUGUAGGUUUUUAGUACUUUUUCUUCCGAGUGUUGUUUAAAUAAUUCAAAUAUUAUAUGUGUGAACAAGCACCACUGCCAACUACUACUGAUGUCAUCAAUUAAGUGCCCUACACUUCAAAGAAUUAGUUUACACAUUGUUUUGUAACUUAACGGGGGGGGGGGUCUAAUAGUAUUUUUACAAUUAUUCCGUUUUGUAUAUUUGUAGUUCUAUACUGUUUAAUGUGUGCAUUAUUUUUAUAGCUUAAACAGUGGGCAUCUAUCUAUCUAUAUGGGCAUUAACAUGUUUUUGUUCUAAACUGUUUUCUGUCCAUCAUAAUAAAGAUGUGUUUAAUGGCAUUUAUUAGUCGUUGUUACAAUAUUUAUGUAGAACGAUGAUAAAAUAAGUAAAUAAAAAAUAACAUUUUACUUUUA